AUGCCCCACCGGGCGUUGGCGGCCCUUGGCCGGGCCCUGGACCCCCAACUGGGCGCGGCGCACCUCUGCCCGGCGGACAGGGACGCCAUCGCCGCGCCGCCCUGCUGCCACGACUGCCGAUACUCCGUGAGAGCGCACAAGGCGCUGAGGUCGCCCCCGCUCAGCCCGGCCUUCCCCGCCCUGCCCUCCCCCUCCCGCCCGGGAUCCUCCUGCAUUUGCCGGGGCCUCUUCGGCAGAUCAAGCCUGCCCGUCCAGCGCGACCCCUUGGCCGAGGUCCUGGCCAUCCGCGCGGACGUGGAGAGGCAGAUCUCCGGCCUGCAGGCGGAGCUGCGGCCACUGAUACGCAACCUGGAGGCCGAGGUAGCCAGCGCCGCCCUGGCCAACCUUGUGGACCAGAAGAACAAAAUUGUGGACAAGUUCGAGGCCACAAAGGCCAGCUUGGUGGCCCUGGAGAGCGCCGUGGCCGGCGUGGGGCUCUCCGGGGGGCGCAGGGUGAACAGGGAGCUUAGGGCGGUGGACGCCACGCUGGGAGACCUCGUCAAGCGGGCGUCCAAAAUCAGGGAGGACCUGGCGUCCCUGACGCUGAGGAUUAGGAGUGAGCUCUCUCCCGAGGUGGCUGCCCUCCUGGAGGCCGCGCAGAAGCUAAGGAGCGACGCCCUGAAUGGCCAGGGCGCCAUCUCCGAGGCGUCAGAUGGGAGGCAGGUGUUGGAGCUGUGCGCAGCGCUGGUGGAGAAGAUCGAGAAGGGCGGCGAUCCCGGCAGGGAGGUCAGCCACGCGGUGCAGUGCAUCGAGGGCCUGUCCCCGUCUGAGCAGCCGGGGGCGGCGGAGCAGGUGGCGGGGCUGGACGCCCAGGCCACCAAAGUGGUGGAGGCCUAUGCAGCCGCAUUUGUGGGCGCUGCUGAGGCUGAUGGGCGGUCAGUGGAGGAGGUUCUGAAGGGCCUCAAGGACAGCUUCCCUUGGACACCCAGUCGCAGGCUUGGUGUGCUGGGCGGUGGGGGCGGCAGAGGCGGUGGUGGCGGGGGCUACGGGGGGUACGGAGGCCCUGGGGAUGGUUAUGGCGAUGGCGAGCGAGUUGGGGCGCUGUGGCCAGGAUUGUUGGUCGCCAUUGUGCUGUACAUCGUGGCGCUGCCUGCCAGCCUGAGGGCACAUGAGGCCAUCAUGAGCAACUACGAGAUGUGGACCAGCAGGGGAGACAGACGGCUGCCCACUGACAGCUUCUUUGAGUAUUUGAUGCCUUUUGAAGAGUCCAUCGUCUUUGACCCGGUGCCUUCCAGUGGCGAGGGGCAGGGUGGGAACGAUCGCGCGAACGGGGGCUACAAGGUGUCUGGGGGCAUGUUCGCCCUCUCUGUCCUCCUAUCCAAGGCAGUUGCAGCCCGGUAUUAG